UAUAGCCACAAAUAACAGGGACCAUAUACUGACAGCUGUCUUGUCAGUAUAUGGUCUCCAUGCAGCAUUUCCAGACUUUGGGUCUCCAUGCAGAAUUUCCAGUCACUCAUCAAUUUUUGCUCAGGGGUUAUCAAGAUUUGGUAUCAAUGCACUUAUAGAUGAUGAACUUGGAAAGCAACCACUUGUACAAGAAAUUCAUGAUGUUUAUGACCUAGUGGAAAAAGAUGUCUUAUCAGUACAGAUAAGCAACAUUGACCACAUGUUGCUUCACUGUAGGAGAUUUAAAAGAGCACAGCCUAAUGUGAAACUCAUUGCAUCUCCUGCCCUAUAUACACAGUAGACUUAACCAUUAAUAUUUUUUUUUCUCUUUUAUCUGUACUGCUUCAUAUGGCAACUUUAAAAGGUGAGGAUCUACAUCAGGAUCACACACACACACACAAAAGAAAACAAUCCACCGAUACCAGUGUCAUCAUGGCAAGGUGAUGCAAAGUGAUAAAGACAGUGACAAAUCGAGACAAAUGUAUCAUUUCACAUGGCAUAAACCCAGAAAGAGAGAUUAGCCCUAAUAUUUUGUCUUCAUCAUUCAAUGUUCAAAUAUUUGUUUUCAUGCUACAGUGUUGCCUUUGUCAUUUAUUCUUUGAAAGGCCAAACCAUCCACAGACAUGUUAAAGGAUUGGAUUGUUUAUCUGGCCGUCAGUGGAAUCAACUGAAUAAGUUGAAAUAGUUUUUUUUCACUUAGUGCUAUACAGAUUGUGCAACAGUCACUUAUAAAGGCAACAUUUAGAUGGGACAUGUGCUGAGUGGACAUGGACUCUGGUCUACAACAUCAAACGCAAACUUCCAUUAUGUCAUUUAUUAUCCUUUUUAUAUAACAAAAGAACUGCACAUUUAUGAGGCUGUGUGACAAGUAUCUUUUUGUCAUUUUAUGACUGUCAUAUACAUUAACACACAACAAAAUGCUGUAACUGCUGUGAACUACAACUAUUCUGACACUGUCUGCAGUCUGUUUUGCCUGAUACAGAGACAUCAGCACAAAAGAGACAGUUUUGAAGCAUGUUAUGAACAUGUUGUGCAUCAGGGCUCUAUAUGUGGUACUCUGGGCUUUUGUGUUCACCUCCACAACAAAUGAACAAAAGGAACAAGCACUGCGGUUGAUGGCUGAGGCUCCACUGAUAGAUGGGCACAAUGACCUGCCAUGGCAGCUGAAGUCACUGUUCAACAACAAGCUUGAGUCUGUAGAUCUAUACACACUCAAUUCCACACACACCAAUAUUCCCAAAAUUAAAGAGGGUCGCCUUGCAGGACAGUUUUGGGCAGCGUAUGUGCCCUGUGACACUCAAUAUAAAGAUGCAGUCAGACAAACCCUGGAACAGAUUGACGUAAUUCACAGAAUGUGCCACAGAUACCCUGAGGACUUCAUGCUUGCUGCUAGUAGCCAAGAUAUAAUGGAUGCCUUUGCCCAGAAUAAGACAGCGAGCCUGAUCGGUGUGGAAGGAGGUCACUCCAUAGACAGCAGCAUGGGCACUUUGCGCAGCAUGUACCAGCUGGGUGUUCGCUAUCUCACCCUCACACACAGCUGUAACACACCCUGGUCAGAUAACUGGCUGGUGGAUUCAGGGUCGGAACCUGUGCAGCACAACGGCCUUACUGACUUUGGCAAGAGGCUGAUCAGGGAGAUGAACCGCUUGGGCAUGCUGGUGGACCUGUCUCACGUGUCUGAGCAGGUGAUGAGACAGGCGCUGGACACCUCCGAGGCCCCUGUCAUCUUCAGUCACUCCUCUGCCUAUGCCAUCUGCCCUCAUGAAAGGAAUGUGCCAGACCAUGUGCUUAAGAAAGUGGAAGAAAAUAAAGGAAUUGUUAUGGUUAAUUUCUACAACAACUACAUCACAUGUAGGCCGACCGCAAACCUUUCCGAUGUAGCUGACCACUUUGAGCAUAUCAAGAAGGUAGCGGGUUCUGGCACAGUAGGGUUUGGAGGUGAUUAUGAUGGUGUGACCAGUGUGCCAACUGGUCUGGGUGACGUCUCAAAGUAUCCGGACCUGGUGGCAGAGCUGUUGAGACGUGGCUGGACUGAGGACGAGAUCAAAGAUGCUCUAGGGAGGAAUCUGCUCAGGGUGUUCAAAGAUGCAGAGAAGGUCAGAGACAGACUGAGCAAGAGAACUCCAGAUGAUUUACCGAUUCCUCUGGAACAAGUCCAAAAUCCCUGCAGGACAGAUUAUGGCUACCCAGCCCAGACCAGCACUGCAGGCAUGUUGUCUCUAAGUGCACCAGUUGUAGUCUUGACUCUAGCCUUAAUCUCACUGUUUGCCAAGUUUAUGUAGUUGCCCUACCUAUCAUACUGUAAUAUACAGGUUUUAUCAGAUGAUAUCUUUAAUCUACUGCAGUAACAUAUGCUGCUUUUUAGUUAUACACAGGUUUGAUAGUAAGGAAAGAGCAAAGGUAUUUCCUAUAGAAACACUACACACUACACAGUAUAAAAGCUACAUUCAUAUUAUGUGUUAGCAAAAAGAAAACAGAGUAUUUCCAAACAUUGUAUGCACAACCUUCUGGAUUUCUCCAUCAUUUCAUAUUCAAGGACUUUUCAAGACUCAUCCAGCUUUCAUUUAAGAUUUAUUAAGAGUAUAGUUUUGGAGAAUACAUAGAAUAAUCAAUAAGUCAGAAAUAAGUGAUUUAUGAUAGUUUACUAAAAAUAUUAUAAACAUUAACUACUGUGCUUUGUUCUUUUGGUGAGGUUCAGUGAUCUCAGAAAAUUAAUGCUGGUUAUUUAUAAUUGUAUGAAUUUCAUAGUUCCACAAAGAUAAACAAAUGUUCAUAUUGAUGUUCAGUGGUUGUCUUAUGAUUUCAUGUAACCAUGUUCAUGUAUAAUACAUUUUAAUCAAUUCACUGUUAACUAAGCCUUUCAAAGAAUAAGAACGAAGUUUCUGUGGUGAUUAAAUGCAAAAAGCAUCCACAAUAAAUGACCUGCAUUAUGAUAUGUGAAUUACACAUCCAAGGGGCUGUAUAUAAAUAAUUAACAAUAUGGGUCUGAAAAGAACCAUGUUGGAUCUCACAUGACUGGAACAUUUCAGUCUUCCAGACUUUCCUUGACAAUCACUUGUAAAAGAGAAAGUUGUUGGUAUGCUCAGGUGACUUAUUCGAGGUUGGCAGGUCAUAUGGAAAGUCAAUAACUCUUUGGUAAUGAGGCUAAAUACUAAGAGUUCACACCAAGGUACUCUUGCAUAUUAUACAUAAAAAUUCCAAUUGCCUUUAUUUUUAUGACAAAUACAUUUAGGAAGGUUGAAAAAGCUGGGCCAGGACAGAGAAAGCUAUCCAUGCAGAGAGCCCAUUGGUUUCAUCAGGUCUGUAGUCUUUCCAACAAGGACAGGUACAAUUAAUCUCAGUUUAAAAUUCUGUGACUACAAAAUCUUACUCAUCGCGGCAAGUAAGCCUCAAACGUUGAAACGGACAAUAAGUUCAAUGAAGUACAAACAGUAAAAAUAUCUAGAAGGGAAAAGUAGGCACUUAUGACUUUUUAAAUAUGAAGACAUUACUGUAAAAUCCGCUGACAAAUGAGAAACAGUAGUUCUUAUGGACAGAAAGGCAUAUAUAGUUGAAGUGCUAUGUUGAAUAAAAAAUUCAUGGUAUGCCGAAGUGUAAAAGAUAGAAGUCAAGUACUACUUUUAAACAAAUAGCUUAAAUCUGUUUAUUACAAAUACAAAAUGUAUUUUUACAAAACCUACCAAUUGUUACU